GUCAUUAUUUUGCGACAAAUUUGCUGGUCUUGUCAUUGAGAAGCAAGAUGGCGUCAGCAUCAGAACAUCAGGGUGCUCCAGACAGCGAACUGGACGAAUUAUUAGACAGUGCUCUUGAUGAUUUCGACAAGACCAGUGUUCCCCCUGAGGCCCCCACUGCCCCUGAUGCAGGAACGAGUGACGAGAAGCCCCCUCUGCUGGAGGACAGUAAGUUCUUUGAGACUCUCUUUGAUGGUGAGAUGGCCAAUCAAGCACGUGAGGAGUGGGAGAAAGCCAUGGCUGAGCUAGCGCAAGAAGAACCUGACCUUCUACAACAUUUUCAUAAGCUGUCUGAGGCAGCAGGUAAAGUAGGCACAGAUGUAGCUUCACAGCAAGAAUUCACCUCCUGUCUUAAAGAGACCCUUAGUGGUUUGGCGCAAAAUGCAGACAACCUUCAGAGUGCAGGACUGGCUGGAGAUGAUCUGGUAAAGACUUUGGAGAACCUGGGAUUGAAUGAAAAUGGGGAAGGAGGAGGAGAAGAUGGCAAUAUUCUCCCAAUUAUGCAGUCCAUCAUGCAGAACCUUUUGUCUAAAGAGGUUCUCUACCCUUCUCUUAAAGAGAUAACGGAGAAGUACCCUGAAUGGUUGGAGGGCAACAGGCAGUCCCUCCCCCCAGACCAGUUCAUGCGGUAUGAGCAACAGUACAAGAUCAUGGGAGAGAUAUGCAGCCAGUUUGAAAAAGAUGGAGACAAAGACAGCACAUUUGAAAACAUUCUAGAACUCAUGCAAAAGCUCCAAGACUUGGGUCAACCUCCAAAAGAGCUUGCUGGAGAGGCACCUCCUGGCUUGAAUUUUGACCCAGAAGCUCUGCACCUUCCUGGAGCACAAGGUCUUCCUGGAGCAGAGCAGUGCUCAGUCAUGUGAUCUCAAUGAGGUCAAUUUAUGUAUGUUUAAAAACUAUACAAUUUGGAGCUAAUUAUCUGAACCUGAAUUGGACACAGUGGAUCAUGCUCCGCUUUUAAAGGAGUUUGUUUUGUGUCUGCACUGAAACUGUGAAUUUCACUACAUUAAUUUGACCUUGUAGUUUUUGUCCACAGAGGUUCUUUUCAUAUUCAUCCCUAAUCCAUUUACUGUUGUCACUGUAGAGCAGCUCUUAAUGUUUUGAGUGAAGCUUGAUAUCUCAAGUGUGCCAACAGCUUUGUAAGAAAGAAUCAAGGUCUUCUGAAUUUACUUCAAGCUCAUUUGACAACUUGUGCGGUGAAUUGUUUUGUAUAAGUAGACACAGAUGCAUGGAGUGACAGGGAAAGUAUUUCCAGUUUAGUUUUACUUUUAAAAUCUCAGAAGAAUGGUCAGAGGCUACAAAUAGCUUUCAUCAGAUUGAUGAAAUCAUUUUAAUAUAAAGUGUUAUAUCUAUUCUAUUCUCAUACUAUAUCAUUAGUUUCAUUUCUGUGAUUUGAUAACUAAUCAGUGACAAAUGAAUCUCUCAGAUUAAGAUUAAUUAAAAAAACUAACUGCAGGCACUUCAGAUCCAGGUUCAAUAUAUCAAUAUAUUCUUAAUAUCAUUGUGUCAAAUAUAGGCUGCAUUUGUGUUUGAGUGGAAUAAUUCUCUCUACUUGUGUCUUCUAAUGGUUAUUGUAUCUGUCUGCAUAUAGAUCAGUUUGGAGUAGUGAAUUGCCAUG